AUGGCCCGUGAUGUAAAGAAGCGCGGAAAGCGGGGAUUUGUCAACAGGCGAAACCGAGCGAAAUAUUUGAAAAAGAAAGAAAAUAAAAAGAAAUUAUCGAAAAGUGCAGUGCCAAUUAUCAAAACGAAUUGGGAUAUAACAAAAACAGCAAGAGAAAAUGUUCAAGACAUGGGAAUUGCGUUCGACCCUAAUGAAGUAGUGCCAAUUAAGAAAGAAAGGCUAGAAAUUGUGGAUCCAGUUCCAAUCGAUGGCCAAAUUCCCGUGGAAGUGCCAGUUGUUGAAAAGAAAAUCACAAGGAAAAAGAAAAAUACACAACAGGCCGAAUAUGUUGUGAAACAUUUGGAAGAAGACGCGAAAAAAGAGGAAGAAGAGCGAGAAGGCCAAAACCGAAAAUUCAAGUUAUUCCACCGAGAAACCGAGCUAUGUAUUUAUAUGUUGGCAAGGCACGGAGAAGAUUUCCAGGCGAUGACACGGGACCCGAAGAACCUUUGGCAGUACACACCGAAACAAUGGGCGAAGAAAAUUCGAGUAUACAAAGAAUCUGAAAUGUGCAAAUUCUUGGACACCGUCUAA